CCCGGCGCGGCCGUUGCCUCCGCUGCCGCCCCGCCCGCCCCGACCGCGCGCUCGGUACGUGUUGGGGUCGGGCCUGCGCGCGAGGCCGGGAGGCGGGGAGGCGGGGAGCGGGCGGCCGUGGCCGCUGAGGCCGGAGGGGCGGGCGCGCCCCGCGGGGCUCCCCUCUCGGAUCCGGCGGACGUGACGGCGCGGUGAGUGUGACCGCCCCGCGGGGACGCGGAGACCCUCGCGCCCGCCCGCGCCUGCAUGGGGGCGGCGCCCAGCCUGCCCGGGGCCCGCGCCGGGCCGCGCGCGCACAGACUCGGCGCCAUGGACGCUCUGUCGGAAGCAAACGGCACCUUCGCCUUGACGCUUCUGAGGAAGCUGGGUGAAGACAACUCCAAAAACGUGUUUCUCUCACCCAUAAGCAUCUCCUCUGCCCUGGCCAUGGUCUUCAUGGGGGCGAAGGGAAACACCGCGGCCCAGAUGUCCCAGGCACUUUCUCUAAGCAAAAGCAGCAGCGGAGGUGGAGAUGUCCACCAGGGUUUCCAGAACCUUCUCACCGAAGUGAACAGGACCAGCACACAGUACUUGCUCAGAACCGCCAACAGGCUCUUUGGAGAGAAGACUUAUGAUUUCCUCUCGUCUUUCAAAGAUUCCUGCCGCAAAUUCUACCAAGCAGAGAUGCAGGAGCUGGACUUUGUCAACGCUGCGGAGGAGUCCAGGAAGCACAUAAACACCUGGGUGGCCCAGAAGACAGAAGGUAAAAUUACAGACUUGCUGUCUCCAAAUUCAGUGAACCCCAUGACUUGUCUGGUUCUCGUGAACGCCAUCUACUUCAAAGGAAACUGGGACAGUCAGUUUGACAAAGAGCACACCAAGGAAAGGCCGUUCAAAGUCAGCAAGGAUGUGGAGAAACCUGUGCAAAUGAUGUUUAAGAAAUCCACCUUUAAAAUGACCUACAUCGGGGAGAUAUUCACGAGGAUCCUGGUACUUCCCUACGUCGGCGGAGAGCUGAACAUGAUCGUCCUGCUGCCGGACGAAACCACGGAUCUGAGAACGGUGGAGAAGGCGCUCACUUACCAGAACUUCGUCGAGUGGACGAAGCCGGACAUGAUGGACGAGGAGGAGGCGGAGGUGUUCCUGCCCCGGUUUCAGCUGGAGGAGACCUACGACAUGGAGGGCGUCCUUCGCAGCCUGGGCGUCCGCGACGCCUUCGAGGACAAGGCGGACUUCUCCGCCAUGUCGGCCGGGAGCAACCUGCGCCUGUCCAGGGUCGUGCACAAGUCCUUUGUGGAGGUCAACGAGGAGGGCACGGAGGCGGCGGCGGCCACUGCCGCCACCAUGAUGCUGCGCUGCGCCAGAAUCACCCCCAGGUUCUGCGCCGACCACCCUUUCCUCUUCUUCAUCCAGCACAGCGGGACCGGCGGGCUUCUCUUCUGCGGCCGGUUCUGCUCCCCGUGAGCGGCCGCCGCUGCCCGGCCCCGGGUCCCGCCGGCCCUCUGGCUUCUGCCGCCCCGCCUUCCCCGAUGUCCCCUGAGUGCCUGCACCCAGCGUGGCCUCGGUGCCGCCCUGAAAAUAAAGGGCCUGCUGG